AUGGACGAGAAAAUUGCGAAAAACGAAUUACUCGAUAAAACGGCGCGUAAACUUACCGAUGAGAUGCAGAAUAUGUCAAAUUAUAAGGCUCUUUACAACGAAAUACAAAAACUUGUCGCGUCGCCCGCUGUAAAUAAGGAAGAUUUUAAAAAUUCAUUGGUCACGGCGCUAAAAAGUAACGGCGUGGAGACCGAAAUCAGGAAUACCGUUUUCCAUUGGAUACGAUCGCAGAGUUCAUUGCACUCGCAAUCAGCUUCGCAUAUAGAAGCGGCUGAUCUGAGUUAUUUAAAAAAAGCUCAAAUUCAGUGGGAACGACGUAUACAGAAAUCAUUGAACUCAACAUGCAACGAAUUGAACAUUCCAUUAGCUCGUAUAAGACCUACGUCUGAUAGAGAUGAGCUGGCUGAAAAGUGGAAUGAAUUGAGCACAUAUGACAUUGAUUUGUCGCAAUACCGGCCAUUGUAUGCACCAAAGGACUUCUUGGAUGUAUUGUUUUCCAUACGUGAUCCAUCUUUUAAGAAGCAACCGUGUGAGACGAUGUAUUUACAUAAAAGAUUCAGAGAUGAAUUAAAUUGGGAUUUUAGUCACAUACAAAUUAGUGUAAAAACACUUACUCAAUUGAGACACAUGUACUCAGAAUUGGCACAGGGAAUACCAUUGCUCGGAGUGAAUCCUAAUAUGCCGGCUAUGGAAAAUUUUCCAAAUUUGGAAGCCGAAAGAACUCAUAUUGGCGAAAAAGUACUGAAUUCAAAUCAUGCUCCAGUUGCUCAAGAAUUUCUAAAACGAGGCUCCCCUCGAUCGUUGCGUGGUCGCAUUUGGUCACUCGUACUCGGAUCUGUCAUCAAAGACAAUGAUGUUGAAUAUUAUAACGAAUUGAAGAAUAUGGUACUGCAAUAUGAUAUUGUGGUGGACAAACUGAUAAUAAUGGAUGUACAGUUAACAGCCAGAAACGAUGAUCAAUACUUCGUGUUUGAAGAUGUAUUGUAUAAGACAAUGUUGUGCUUCUCGAGAGAUUCUGAAAUACUUGCGCCGGUUACAACUGACAGAAGUGCUGGUGGUCAGGUGAUUCAUGCAGUUUUACAGGGCAAACCGGCGACACUAGAAAAUACGUUGGUCUUCCCACCCAGCGGCGUUGUCCCAUUUCACGGAUUCACAAUGUACGCGACACCAUUUUGCUAUUUAUAUGACGACCCCUGUGCUAUGUAUUAUACCUUCCGUGCAUUCUACCUGAGAUAUUGGUUUCGCUUGCACACUGUGUCAAGCCAUGAACAAGGCAUAGUUGCUCUAUGUUUACUCUUUGAAAGACUAUUGCAGUGCCACGAACCACAGUUGUGGACCCAUUUCAAAAACACACAUAUUCAACCUAUAAAAAUAGUCUUCAAAUGGCUUAUGAGGGGUUUCAGCGGCCAUUUACCGCCUGAGCAGUUAUUGUAUCUCUGGGAUUUGAUUUUGGGUUACGACUCUUUGGAAAUUAUCCCUCUCUUUGCGGUAACAAUAUUGAGUUUCCGAAAGGAUAAUUUGUUGCAAGUUAACACACAACAAAAUGUGGAGGCUGUAUUGGCAGAUUUAUCCUCGCUAAAAGUGAUACCUCUAUUGCAAUUAGCGCUUUUAAAGGAAUAAAAGAAAUUUCGUCACGCAUGUAAUAUUAUUGUUGUGAAGUUUGUAAA